UUCACUAAUUUCACUACUUUUAUGGAGUUUAUUCUGCUAAGCCUGAUUAUCGCGUCUCUGUUCACAGAUCCUUCUCUUCUCUUCAUCAUAGAAAUUGCUCAGAGUGAUGCUGUCCGGGGAGCACUUGUGCUGAAAAAAUCGCAUCAACAAUCGAUGGAUUCGGACGAUAACAUAGAAGAGUUAGAAGAUUUUGAAGAAGAGCAUAUAAGAAAUGAAUUAGACAGAGCUGGCAUUUUUGAGCAGGGAGAAACCAGGGACUUUUUGCAGUUUCUAAAGAUGAUCAGGUACGACCACAGACAAUGUCCUGAGGACGAGAAUGGAGGACCAGUUUUCGUCAAUGUCUCUAUCGUGGUCAGCAACAUCCGAUCAGUUUCUGAAGUGACCAUGGUGGGUAACAACAUAUAG